CUUCUGUUGGACUUAAAGAACACCCGAAUAUUUUAAAAAGAGAAGUUUAUUUGGUUUGAAAUCAUGAAUGGGAGGAUAAUACUUGGCAUUGCAUCUUUUCUCUACUGCAUAGCGGGCGUUGUUAGUUAUCAUCCUUUCUUCUUCCCACGAUAUCAACCCGACAAUUAUGUCUCCGUUCACAAAUCCCCAACAAGCAGAAAUCCGUUCGAGUUCAAGAGGCGAUGGCCUUCGGGAUUUGAUAGGCUAUCGAUGGGCUUCAUAAAGCGAGACAAGAAUGAAAACACGCGAAACAACGACGAGACUAUGCGAAACAACGAUGAAACCUCCAGCUUGGACGUUUACGAUAAAGGCAUGUAUGACAAGCUGUUGGACGAUCUAUACACCAGGAAAGCACAUGAGAAUCCACCUCAAUUAAGUAAGCGUUAUUUUGACCGACUUUCGUCGGGAUUUAUUCGCAAGAAACGCUCAGCUGUCCCGAACUCUCGUUCGUAUGUUGGUAAUAGUAUACAGAAAUCACAACUAAACGUUCAGAAAAAUGUAGAUACAACCAACCCCAUGGAACAUCCGGACAGUGUUGGUAAGAGAGACUAUGAUAGGCACGUGACAGAACAAGAACAGGGUAGGGAAGACGCCGUAUCUGGCAAACGGGGUUUUGACAGACUGAAUGCUGGUUUUGUGAAACGUCCAUUCGACCGAUUAAACUCUGGAUUUGUGAAACGUCCGUUCGAACCGAUUAAACUCUGA